ACCGACUAGUGCAAACGGAGCUCCCGGAUCGUGAGUGAUUUUCCGAGAUUCUUUUCGCUCCGUAAACCGUCAAAAAUGCCCUCCGAGUUAGUAGAAAAAAAAAUGAAAACAAUGACGCAAAACAUCUGGAAUAGUUGAUUGAAUUUCCAUCACUUGUGUUUGGAUUUUUUUUCUGUUGUUUAACCUAAUUCUGUGCAUUUUGUGGAUGUAUGGCGCAGUGUAAUAGCGACACACGUGGAUAGAACUUGCUGAUAAAUCUAUCCUGUGGUAAAUCUGCAUAUCGUGAACGUAGUGGUUAUCGACCGAUUCAGACUCCACGGAAACUCGGUGAUUAUCGUACGUCACAAGCUCGCGAAUUUCUCUAGGGCAAUUGGACGCAAACAUGUUAAAAUGAAUAGAUUCGACUCUACUCAUGCGUAAUUGGCGUUGCUUUCUUCAUCGGUCUACCGUAAAGUGAAAGCGAAAACAAAAAACUCGACUUUUUGGUGUUCUCAUUUUGAUAUUUUUGCAAGUAAAAAGGGCACGUGCGUGAGGGUGUGAUUUCGUUGAAGCAAAUGCGUCCACGCGAUCCUGGGGAAACUGAUAACAUCGUUGGUGAAGUGAGACUGAAACCCGGGUGGUGUUGAAGGGCCACACUUUUUUCACCCGUUUUUCUUUUGUUCGGCGUUCUCAAAUAUGCGGGCAUCGUUGAUUUUAAUCAGUGGCAUUAUCGUACUGUCACUGGCAGUUGCUAGGGCUCUCUCUUGUGUGUGUUCGCCGUUAGAAUGUGAUGUUUUGACCGAGGAGGAUUGCCCUGGCGGUCUCACCUGGGAUCCAUGCAGAUGCUGCAAAGUUUGUGCGCGUGUCGAGGGUGAGCCCUGCGGCGGAUUGUUUGGAUUUUCUGGUAGUUGCGCGGUCGGCCUCCAGUGUGUCAUUAAGAAUCUUCGCCCACCGGAGGAAUUGGACGAGGGAACAUGCUCAAAGAUACCCGGCAGAUGGCGACGACACUGUCCACAUGGGCCGAAAAUGUCAGGAGCCGGGUGCAAUUUAAUUGGCGAGGGAACGUCCAGUGAAAGUGGAAAGAGGGAGAACAAUGGAAGAUGUCUGUGCGGCCCUUCAGUACCAUGGUGUCCUGACGAAGCGCAUCCUUAUACAUUUACAACGAGGCACGAGUGCAAGCUCAAUCUUGCGGCCAAGACUGCAUACGAUAACCUCGUCAGUGCGUCCGACUCAUACUCCGCGGACGGAUUUCAAACUAUUGAACUACUCAGCCAAGUGAAACACCUGAAGACAUCCAACGAUCUCAAGUGCAGGAAAGAUCAAACACACGGCUAUAUGAAAGAAGAAGUAACGACUAAGGGUAAAACGCUGACCCAUCUCAGAAGAGGCAGCACGCUGUCUGUACAUCGUAGUUGCAAAAGAGGAUACUAA